CGCCGAUUCCAAGUCGAUGUAUCCUCCCCUAUGCAAGUCCCCCCCCUAUCGUUGCCCCUCAGAAGCGGGGGGACGAGAAAUUGCGGUGAGGGCGUUCGUGACGGAGCGUUUCCAGGAGGCUUCGGACCCAGGGGGGACUCCUGCUUUGAUGAGGGCGGCGGUGAGAUCCUUGCCAGAUUCCUUAGCUAAGGGUUCGUUCACCAAUGCCCUCACGGCACAUAACAUAAACUUUCGGAGGUCCGUUGGAUCGGGGUUGGACCUCCCUCCCUGGCGCGCGGAGUGCUCCAGGGGCGGCGCUGGUGGCGCCGCCAGGGGGCCCCAGCGCCGAUCCAAGACCUCCGCGCGGACCUCCGACAGUUCAAUGUUAUGUUUUUCCUUGCCCCCCGAAAGAAUGGGCGAAGCCGGCGAGGACUGCCAGGUCCAGGCAGUCGGCCAGCUGCCGCCGCCGCGGGUGGGCCAGUGGCUCGAGCUGCGGCGACGGGCGGCGGGAGCGUGCGGGAGCGGUACUGCAUGAUCGUCGCGGUUUCCCUCUGCUCCGCCAGCAACGCUUUCUUGUGCAUGACGUUUUCGGUCCUAGAGCAGCUGUCAGCACAGGCUCUCUCGGUCGGCACCCUGAAGGUCGCUGGCCUCUACUCGAUCUGGCUCGCCGUCGUGUUUGUCGGCCUCACGCCUGGAACCUUCAUGACCGACCGAUACGAAGGACUCUCACUGGUCUGGAGUGCUCUUUUCAACGUGGGCUCGGGGGUGGUGCGUGCGUUUGGCGCCACGCGUGGAAGCUACAACCUAAUGAUCGCAUCCGAGAUCCUCUGUGGUGUUGGGGCGUGGACGAUAUUCACCCUUCCGAGCAAGAUCUCUCAUCGAUUAUUCCCUGUGCGGCAACAGGCGCUUGCGACGAGCAUCAUGCUGCAAGCCAACUACAUGGGAUGGCUGUUUGGCAUCCUCAUACCGCCGCUUCUAGCGACAGGCCCGACUGCGUUCGGAAGAGUGUGCGCAUGGCAGGCUGGGGUCACGCUGGUUGCUAGUACGGCCGCGUUGCUGAUGUUCGGGCUCCGCAGGUCGGGGGCACAGCGAUCGGCCAAGGUCGAGGAGCCCAUGCCAUCGCGCAAGACGUCUGGCUUCAUCGAGCUGGUGCAGAUCAUGAUCCAGCACCCUCGGCUCGCCGCUCAAAUAUUGUCCCACGGCUUGCUCGGGGGCGUCAGUUUUGCUGCACCGUCGGCGAUAUUUUUCAUCCUCGACAACUUCGGCUUCUCGCCAGCCGCUGCCACGGCCGUGAAUACGGGAUUCGUUGCGGCAGGCAUCGUGACAGGACUCGUGCUCGGCCGCCUCUGCAGAGACAAGCGGAGUUUCGGCAGGGCGUUGACGACCUGCUAUGCCACAUGCCUUGCGUCGCUCGUGGCGUGCGCUGCCCUGGCAGCAGGGGGGAUCUUGACAGGUGACAGUGCCGGGGGGCUAGCGCUAUUACUUCUGUUGAGCAUGCUGUCCGGGUCCAGCUCGCUCGGGUUCAUCGGCAUCGGCAUCGAGUCUACCAGCCUGUACCCUGUCAGGUCCAGCUUCGUCAGCUGGGGCAUCGAGCUGGUUGUGCUGGCCAGCGCGGCGGUCCUCUCCUACGUUGCGGCCGGGCGCUCUGGCUUCGCGGUCCUCGCAGUCGCUGCUGCAGUGUGUUCCUUCGUGCACUUCUCCAGCUUCAGAGUGGACAGCACCGGCAUGCCACGCCUUGGAUCGGCUGUGCAGCCGACAGCUUCUUGAGACUGGGCAGCGUGAGCCAAGCCCAUGGCAGCUGGAAUUAAUGUGUGUACCCUCAAUACAUGGAAGUGAAAUCUGGAAUUUGUGGUUGCCCUCGGGGCUCGGGCCGGCGGCCCUCCCGCCGCCUCGCCUUGCACGUGCGGCUUCUGCUGCAGGCCCCUGGCCUCGGGGGUCUGCUGCCCCUCUCGCUCUUGCGUCUGUGUGCGCGUCGAGAGAGGUGGGACACGCGCGGGCCCGGCAGGCUCGCCGAGUGCUGCGGCCGUGGCCCAGAGCCGAGCGCUGCCUGCACGAGUGCGCCUCCGCGGCCUGCCUGCGGGGCGGUUCCCUCCCCGCCCUCCUCGCCUCCUGCGUCUGCUCCUGCGCGUGGGCUCGGAUCCACGGGCCGAGCCGAAGCCUCUCUCAGUUUGCCCCUCCCCUCGCUCCUUCGCAGGACGUCGAGCUGUUGAAGGACCACGAGAGGAGUGGAUGAGAAAGAUGUGUAAUUGGAUUCGCCCGGACUGUACAUUGUACUACGUAGUUAGCUGCAGGCUUAUGUGCACUGACUGCUAAGGUGCGAGAUAGGCGUGGCCACGUUUGCUGGUCCGCUUGUUCCCAUCAGUGCCUUUUUUGGCCGUGGCUCGCUCGCUGGUCGGUCGUUCGGUCUUUCGGUCGGUCCCUCCACCGGUGCCGUCAAGUGUUCUUUCCAAUGGAGUUGAGGCUACACGCCAGCCCGCUUCCGACUAACGUAGCUCCUCCGCGUGGAAAAGAAUCUGGCUGUCUGCCGCAAAUCCACCAAGGUGCCAGCGAAGCAUUUUGCGUGACGACCAGCUUGGGGCUCUCCCCACAAUGUCUGGGGGGGGAGACGACCACCCACACUGACGCUGGUGGUGGAGCUCCCUACGUGGCA